GGCUGUCAUUGAAAAGCGGCUGACUGGGCCGAUUGCCCGUGAUCAGUGUAUCAUUUUUGGAGUCUAGUUUCAUACUAAAAUGAUUAAAUGAUAAACUAUUGGACGUCGUGGUAUUGCGGCGAUUUUUUAAUUGAACAUGCUGUCGAGAUUAUUUCGGCAGUUUCUCUUUGCAUUGAUACAUUGGGCUGUGAAUUUACUUGUUGCUGUUCAAAAUGUUUAUCAGCAAAUUUGGUGCAGCAGUUCAUCUGAAAGUGAAGUGAAUCAAAGUGAUAUAAAAAUUAUUCUGGAGAAUAUGCCCAAAAUUACCAAGAAGUUAAAGCAUCUGGUGGUUCAGGCCGAUACCGACCACCACAGUUUGGCAGACCUGGCGCGUGUUGUGAUUUGGAGUCUCGUAGCUGGAAUUCCCUAUGUUAGCUUUUAUGACAUCACAGGAGAACUGAAGAAGAAUGAAGAGAAACUAUUUCAUGAAGUUGAAAGAUAUAAAAAAGGUAUACCAGGCUUCAUUAAAUGGACAAGAAUGCCAGAUUUAAAUGGUUACACUAAUGGCCAACAGGCUCACACAGUCACAGUUAAUAUAUUUACCCAAGACGAUGGUCGACCAGUUGUAGCUCAAUGUAUACAGAAUAUAGCUGAAGAAAAGAUUUCAUGUCCACAAAAUACUAGGGAAUUAACUGCACAAGAGUUUGGUGGAGUAUUAUCCUCAUUCUAUCCUUCCAUUCCUGAUCCAGAGUUAUUGUUAUACACUGGGUCGUUUUUAUGCACCUAUGGUGCUUUGCCAUGGCAAAUAAGACUUACGGAAUUUGUGCAGCUUUCCAUAGACCAUAAAGUUAGUGUUGAUAGUUAUGUAGGUGCUUUGUACAAGUAUAAUAAAUGUGAUCAAAGGUUUGGUAAGUAGUGAACUAUAAGCCAAAUAAUAGGCCUAAGUAUAUAUAUUAGGUUAUUUAUAUUUUUAAUAAAUUUGGUUCCAGUUAUUUAUAAUAUAGAAAUGUAAUUGAUUUAUUUCUAUACACAAUAUCGAAAACAUACAUUAUCAUUAUCCAUUUUAAAUUACAAUUCAUCUAAUUAUCUUUUUUGUAAAAUGUGUCUUGAUGAGGUCCAGACAAUAUUCUUUUUUUAUUUAUGGCCCAUUGUAGGUCUAAGAAGGGUGCAACUCACAAAACAUGACUUCAAUAGGACUGUAACCAAUUUUCUUUGUAAUGAGGCCAAAUUUAAGUGCACAUUUUUAGGUACUUAAUUAUUUUUUUUAUUGUUCUUUACACAACCUGGUGUUUGAUUCAAUAAACUUUUUGGCUGAA